ACAAAGUAAAAUUAAAAGUAAAAAAAUUAAUUCGUUGCAGUCUGAAUUCUGAAUCUUAAUUUUUUCGAAGAAUAAUAACGUUUCUUCAACAUUAUUUAGUUUAAUUGGUGAUUUACUCUAAAUGGAUGGAUUUUUUAGCAUAAUUUCAGCAAAGCGAUAUUUUAGCUAGCUGGUACUAAUUCAAAUUUAUAUACGUGUUUACAUAUUAGCAAUAAAAAAUAUAAAUUUAAUUGACAUCCCAAUUGUGUAAGGCUACUGGCCAGUGUAAUUGCCCUGGCUACAGAAACUAGAUUUCAUAUUAUGAUAGGCUUCACAACCUAAAUACAAUGUCAGUGAUUCUUACAAAGAUACACAAAACAUAUAAAAUUUGACAUAGAGAGUGUAGAAGAGCAAAAUACGCCAUAAAACAGAAUUUCCAAGUGUAAUCGGAUGAAUUGAUGGAACACAUAUACACAUUUCAGCACCUAAAAAGAACUGUAGUAUCUGUAUAUUAAUAUCCAUUCCUAAAGAAGUAAAUCCAAUCUUGUAAAUUCCUUAACAACAAGGGACCUCAUGCAGAAAACGUGAGCUUGAGCUCAGACUCGAUUUUUUGAGUAAAAGGUGCUUUUACUCACUGCUUUCGUUUGAUCUCAUCUUGCUCAGUUUGAACGAAGUUAGAUGAGCUAGUGCUCAUUUUCAUAUGCAUAAAUGUUGAGGCUGCCUUAUAGUUGACUCGCGUACACUCGGAGUCGCCUUUUUGAGGAGUCAGAAGAAACACAUAGUGGCCCUCAGUAACAUUGAUAAAAUUUGGAUUCCAAAAUGGUAUACCCACAAAGUUGCUUGGAGAGUAUAAUAGUUUUGUUCACAAACUAAACGAGUUAGAUAUAGAGUUUUAUUUAUACCAAAGUGAUCAGGGUGACGAGUGGAGUUUAAAUCCGGAUAUCUGUCUUUCUGUCCGUCCGUCUGUGCAAACUUUAACUUGAGUAACAAUAGUCACAUAUCUUGAUGAAACUUGGUACACGUGUUUCUUGGCACCAUAGGAAGAUUGUUUUCGAAGAUGGGCGAAAUCGCACUGGGCACUGCCACGUCCACAAAAUGGCGGAACCCGAAAAGGCAAAAAGUGCCAUAACUAAGCCAUAAAUAAAGCUAUGAAAAAUCUAAAAUUAGGUACAAAGGAUCUCACUGUAAAGGGGCAUAUUUGGAUGUAAAUUGUGUACAUAUCUCGUAAACUACUAAAGCUAUAUCAAACAAACUUUCUGAAACCAUUUCUUUUAAUCGGAUUAUAACCACGCCCACCUUCUAUACAAAGGUUAUGUUGAAAACUAUUGAAAAUGCUUUAAUUCAGUAAGGAAAAAUACCAGAAACCUGAAAUCCUUACUACAACUUCAUUAUAAAGAUGGUACAUAAGUGCUGCACUCAAAUUGGUAUACAAAAUUUUAAAUUGGCUCCUCCCACUUAUGGGUCCAAAACCAUACCAGAAACUAAUCCACCAAUUUCAAUGAAAUUCUGUUCAUAAUAAUUUCCCUUGCAUCCCAGGCCAAAUCGGUUCACAACAACGGCUACUUCCUAUAUACCAGAACUGUGAAGUCAAUCUAAAUCGUUUACUUUACAAUAUAUAAAGUAAGCACUAGUGAAGAUAUCGGAACAGAACUUUGCACAAAUACUGCAUUUAUAGUGUGGCCCUUCUAAAAACCGACCAUUAGUUUUCAGGAUCCCAUACAUCUACUAAUCUUUUUUUUUUACCGAGAAUAUUGGAAAGUCUCUCAGAUAUUUUGAAGAAAUUCAUUGAGAAUAUUUUUCUUCUAAUAAUAUGCCUCCGUGACAAAAAUGGAUAAAAUCGGGUCAUAACUUCACCUAACAUGGGACCUAAUAUUAAGGUAUCCAACUAUCAAAGUACUUUAUACCAUAUAUAAGACGAAUAUGUGGAUCAAAUUGUGUGUUAUAUUAAUAAAAUUAAUUGAUUAAUCGCAAUUUAGAGAGUAUAAAAUGUUCGGUUACACCCGAACUUAGUGCUUUCCCCGUUAAUUGAAUGCUCAAUUUUUGCUCAAUUUCUUUUACACUUGUUUCUAGAGUUUUUUUUCUUUAAUGCUUGGUAAUUUUCAGGUAAAUAUUGAUUUUUUUUUUAGUUUUUCUACUAAUAAUUUAGGAAUGUCGUAAGUUUCUAUUUUAUUAUUACUAUUUGAUCCUAUUUCUACUUCACUUUCACUUGACGACACGUUUGCACUUCUAUAACAAUUAGAUGUUUGAUCUCCCUUUGCUCAAGUAACUGCAAUUUGUUUGAACUAAUUUUUAUGCAUACGAAAUUGAGCAAAAGCUGUUGCUGUUUGAUCGAACUCGACUUACGAGCAAUUGCUCACAUGCCUCAACUCAGCGCUUUUACUCGUUUUUAUGCAUGAGGCCCAAUAUGCUAAAAUAGAUUUUGGCAAUUGACGAUCAGUUGCCUGUCAUAUUCGCCAGUAGCCUCUCUUUAUGUACCGUAGACCAAAAGGUAGCCUGAAGGCGACUAUACACAGACUAUUAUAGAUACACUAUUGUGGUGUAAGAGACAUAUUCUCGCGACGAACAUUUUAUUAUGAUUCUUGUUUGAGGUUUUUUGCGUUAUCUCAUCAUUCAAGAAAAACAUUUAGUAUUGCUUUUAUUUUAAUAUGUCAUUCCAAGAUUUGCAGUGCAUACCGAAUUUUUUGGUAGUAAAUAUCGAGCCCUAACCGCAAACAUACAAAAAUGCGAACGAUAAACUGAGCUACAGAUGGGGUGUAAGAACUUUGGUAUAUGGCAAAAUGUAAUUGCAUUUCUUAAUUUUGAUAACUAUGUUAUCGAUAAAGCGUAGUGGUUUAAAAAGCAUAAUGAAUUUGUUUGUACUAUAUAUAGCGCCCUAACCGCAAAAGAACAAAAAUGUUAACGAUAAAAAUUGUCGACUGGUUAAAGCAAGUCUUUGUACAGGGUGAUCUUGUAACAAAAUUGCAUACUUUUAGUUGGAUAUUUAGAUUGCUGUGAAACAACCAAACUCAUCUUAUACUACAAGCAGUUAUUGAACGUAACACAAUGGACCAUUGAACUACUUGCAGUAAAGUUCAGCUUGUCUUUGUACUAACUAAAUAUUAUCGAAUGAAAGUUCAUGUGUUUAGGAUAAAAAUUCCAUUGAAACCCUAAUUGCCGAAAUUGUCUGGAGGAAAAUGAGAUGACAUCAGUUUUGUACUUCCAUUUGGAAUGUGCGGCUUACAGUACAGUAUCUAAGUUCUGGAAUCUUAUAUUUUCAUCACUGUCCAAGUGGAUCCAGUAUGUACUCUAAUCUAAUGCAUUUAUAUAUAUUUAUUAGAUCGAGAGCACCUCAAUAUGAUAUAUCUGGGCAUAUUCCUCACGAGUAUAUUAGAUCCCGAACAAAUAGACAAUAUUUCUGAAAACAGUUUAAGCUUUUUUGAAAAACCUUAUUAAGGGAAUCCAAAAGUGAAACAACUAGUAACUACCAAGCUUCAAAGAAAUACGAGGGAGGCUAAAACAAGGCACACACUGGAUAAUCUGAAUUUUAAUGCUUAAGACACCAACUGUUUGAAACACCCUACAAUAUUGACUGAAUUAAUCUUGUGUGGUUUCAUAGCGGCAGAAAAAAUUAAAUAAAUUUAAUGUAUAUGCUGCUUUGAUCGGAUAAUUCUGUUCAGUUUCAAAUUGAAAUCAUAACUGUAAAGUCUUCUUUCGGAUUUUAUAAAUUAAUAACGCGAAAAAACUAAGUACUUAGAUGUACAAGCAGUAAUAAGAACAAAGAGAAAAUGUUUUUUAUUAAAUAAACAUCAGUGCAAUAACACUAAAUCAAUUGGUUUAAAAAUGAACGCGUUAAAUUGCCGCACACACCGCUGUCUCGCUUGCUUUCACAAACAACUUGCGCUUAUCAUGAUAUUCAAUCUAACGCCGACAACAAGCGCAUCAUCACAAAUUGUAACAACAAUAGCGCCAACUGUGAGCGGACAACCUCUGGACAAUCCCGAGUGCUACGACACACGCUGUGAAUGCAACGAUGAUGAGAUUAAGUGUAUGAUAAAUGACGUUUCUAUACGUAUAUACAGCGAUUGGGGAUUGACUAAUAAUAUAACACUGCUCUUUGUAAACUGUACGGCGAAUACAAAUGCUAAGGAAAUACAACAAGCACAGUUCCCUUACCGCUUUCGACAUAAUGAGGCUGAAUUUGAAUUAAUCAAUUGUGCUGUCUUGCCAGAAAUAUUGAGGCGCGCAAGUAUUAACUACGCAGGUACUAUCAGGUUCGACGGCGCUUUACCUGUUCCUGUGCGUUUUUUACAAAACGCGGUGGGUUUGCAGCGCUUGAUCUUUCGUGUGCAUGUUAAUAGCAACGCAGUGGACAUAUUGCCCGCCCAACUGUUUCACAACCAAAGCGCAUUGAAAGAGCUAGAGUUAUACCUGUUUGGUGAGCUUAAUGAAAUAACACUACCGUCCCAAAUAUUUCAUACACUCUACGGGCUGGAGAACCUUGUAGUGCUCGCUCGUAAAAGUUAUUGGAUGGACGAUAAAAAAACUGUGCUGCGUAAUUUGACGGCGGAACAUUUUCGUGAUACAACAAAUUUGCGUAAAUUAGAUUUGGAUGAUAAUUGCUUGCAAAAAUUGUCGAGUGAACUCUUUGUCACACUAACCGAGUUAAACGAAUUGAUUCUGCGCAAUAAUGAUUUGGCGGCGCUGCCAAGUGGUUUACUGGGCGCGCAAGGAAAACUGAUAAAGCUUGAUCUUUCCUUCAAUCGGUUGCAGGCGUUUCCGCCUGGCAUCUUUGAUACGACGCCGCUUUUGUGGAAGCUUGAUUUGAGUUAUAAUCAAUUUAGUGUGCCUACAAAUAUUAUUGCUGCUGUCCAACCAUUGUGCUAUCUCUAUCGACUCGAUUUGAGUAGCAAUAAAUUUAAGCACAUUGCGGGCGCAGGUGAGUUUGGAAAUUAUACAUUACUCUCACGUCAGCAAAUUAGAGAAAUUAGUACAGCGCCACCUUUUUUCCAAUACUAUUUGGAGCAGCAAGAUAAUCUAUACGAUAAGACCUUCAUCGAUCUAACUUCUAAUCAUAUUGAAACAUUGCAUUUAAGAGAGAUCAGUGCUGCUAACAUGAGGUGUCCCUAUAAGCUCGAUUUCACUAAUAAUCAAAUAAAGCAUAUAUACGCAUUAAAUUUAAGAGCUCACAAUUAUGGGAAGUGUGUGCGUAGUAUAAUAAUAUGGAACAAUCCACUGCAAUGCGACUGCGCCAUAACAUGGCUCUACAACACAAACCUCUUGAUGGACUUUUAUGUGGAGUGGUUCACCGGCGAUACUUGCAAGGGGGAAUAUUUGUAUAAGAAUCUGGCUAUUUGCGCCUGGGCGCCAAGGUUUUGUCCCACCGCUUGCAAUUGCCAAUAUGACGCGAGAACGCUGCUAAUUAACUGCACCCACUCGCAUUUGAAGAAUAUUACAGAGCUGCCGCGCCCAGAGCAGGUUUCUUUAACGCAGAGUUCGCUUGAUAUUUCGUACAAUCAGUUUUAUGAAUUACCUUCGAAUGUGACCUUCGGUUAUGCCAAUGUAACGCGCUUGUAUGCGACACACAAUCGCCUAAAGAAUAUACAAAGCGCGCACUUGCCGCCGCAAUUGGAAGUGCUUGAUGUGCGCAACAAUAGUUUAGAGCGCUUGAGCGACAGUUUCGUACAAUACUUUCUCAAUGAGAGCGCCACUUUGCAGAAGCUUUAUCUCUCUGAGAAUCCAUGGCUCUGCGACUGUGGCGCUGAGCAGACGCUGAACGCCGUGCGCACACAUCGUAAGCGCAUACCCGAUGUAAAGCUCUUGGCUUGCGCUAAUCUAGAGAAUACCAGCUUGCUGCAAGCGCGCUACGAAGAUGUAUGUGUGCCUGAAUCAGUGCGCUUGGCGUGGUUACUUUUCAGCAUAUCACUGGUAAUUAUUGUUUUCAUAAGCCUAUUAGCGCUUUAUUAUAAAUAUAAUUUGGAGAUUCAUGUGUGGCUGUACGCGCACGGUUUGUUACUCUGUUGUAUUAGCGAAAAUGAGUUGGACAAGGACAAAACAUUCGAUGCAUUCAUAUCGUAUGCCCAUCAGGACGCACGUUUUGUAAAUGACAUUCUAUUGCCCGGUCUCGAGCAGGGUGAACCACAAUUUAGCGUAUGCACACAUGAGCGCAAUUGGCUGGCGGGCGCUUACAUACCCGAACAAAUUAUUGAGUCGGUCGCUCAAUCGCGUCGUACGAUUAUUGUACUAUCACAACAUUUCAUUGAAUCGGACUGGGCGCGCAUGGAAUUUCGUACGGCGCAUCAGUGCGCCUUGAAUGAGCGACGUUCGCGCAUUAUUAUAAUAAAGCAUGGUGAGCUUACCGACAUGACGGCGCUCGAUAAGGAGUUACGCGCCUAUUUGACUAUGAACACCUACUUGGAGUGGGUAGAGCAUCCAUGGUUUUGGAGUAAGCUGCGUUAUGCAAUGCCGCAUCGCAAGGGAGAGGGGCGCAGUGCCGGAAUGCUUGAGUUGAACGAACGUCGGAGAGCUUAUGUUAUUGGCGAUGUGGAGCGGAAUACGUUGCGUCAACUAGAUCAGUAGUAUUUGCAGUAAAUUAGGUGUGAAUAAACUUCUUUGUAUUGUAAGAUUCAAUUUAUAGUCAAUAUUUCCAAUAAAGGUUUGAUUGUAUUUAACUUUA